AUGGCUCUUAACCAGGCUGAGCAGCUCGAGCGUCUGUUAGAGGCAUUUGGCGACGAUAUUUCCUUCGAGAAAGGCGCUUCUCAAGAAGUGGAAGAGACCCCAGAGGAAAUAGUGCUGGACCCUCUCCUUCUAGAUCGUCAAGUUGCAGCCAAGAAGGCCGCUAUUCAAGGCAAGUCCAUCGCUAAGCCAAUCGAGAAGCGAAGCCGCCACUACAUUGGACCGCCGCUUGAGCCUUCCACGUCCCAGGAGUUGGCUGCUGCGGAUUUCAACGCCCUAAUGCAGAAGGACUUCCCCGAGUUCGAGGGAAUGAAGGCGGGCCACCUCUCGGCGGAGAACAUGACCUUCGUAUCUUGGGAUGUCGUCCAGAGAUACCCUAUCAGCUUCAUCGGCAAGACCAACCGACCUAGGGCAGCUCCCUUCUUUGAUGCCAUAACGGAGGAGCAGACAUGGGACUUCUUUUACGUCUACCACCCCAAGGCCCUGGACCAGAUGCCGUACAUCUUCGUCCCGACAAAACAGUUCCAGCACUUCCUGGACGUUGUCAACGCUUCGAUCCAGACGAAGUUCACCAUCCCUACCGGCAAGGCGGGCGAGAUGUUCUACCUCAUGUUCGGCUCCAGCUGCACCAUCCGGCCCAAGUACAUCGCCCGCUCCGCCUCGCACAACGAGUACCGCACCCUCAGCGACACGAUUCCCCCGCCCGAAGAGGACGACGCGUGUGCCGACGCCACCGCCUUUGGGAUGGAGAUGCUCCUGACCCUGCUCAACAUGCACAGUAACUUCAAGGACGUCAAGAACAAGAGCAAGAGGAAGAAGCAGGACAAGGCGCUGAACCGAGCUGAGUCCAUCUUUGAUGCGCAGCUGUACCUCGGUCUUCGGCCCAAGGCUAGCGAUGUUAACGAGAAGGACAAGAAGGUUGAGCUGGACAGGCCGGUCCCCCAUGCACUAGAGCAGAAUGUGGUCUUCGUGUGCAUCGACAUUGAAGUCGCAGAGGAGCACCAUGGAACCGUCUUGGAGAUUGGUGUGUCGAUUCUGGACACGAACUACCUCGUUGGCGUCCCGCCUGGUGAGAACGGCUGCAACUGGGUUCCGUUCAUCAAGACCCGCCAUUUCAUCACCGAGGACUAUCGUCACAUUCGCAACCGCAAGUAUAUCAAGGGCUGCCCCGAACUCUUCAACUUUGGCAAGAGCGAGUACCCCAAGCUUAGCGAACUCGCUCAUGAGGUCCGCACCGCCGUCAGUGACCUCUCCUUCGACGGUCAUGAGGACGUCGCCGAGGCAGACAAGCGCCCCCGCAACAUCGUCCUCCUCGGCCACGACCUCGGAGCCGAUCUCGGAUACAUGAAAAAGAUGGGCGUGGAGUUGUGGAGCAUCAGCGGCGUCGCGAGCCGUACACUCGACUCCAAGGACAUGCACCAGGCCUGGCGCGCCGAGUCGCAGGGCCGAAGCUUGGGCAUGGUGCUGACUGACCUGGGCAUCGCGCACAGCAACCUCCACAACGCGGGCAACGAUGCGGCAUACACUAUGCAGGCGAUGCUGGGUGUCGCCGUCAAGGAGAGAGUCGAAAAGAGCCAGGGGAAGGCUGAGGAGGAAUCGGUUGGGGUGAAGUCAUUUGCUUGGACGGGCAUGUAG